GAUCACUUCAUCAAUUUCUCCGUCAAGACGACAUCAUUCCAGCACCACACAAUGACGGGGGCAAUCAAGUGCGAGUCAACCCUCGAGGCCAAGACCAAGAAGUUUGUCAUCUCGACGUGGGGCAGAAGCUACUGGCGCCUGCACGAUCGCCUACUCGUGACCGCCAAGACCAAGGCCGACGUCGACGCCCGCCACCACGUCAAGCACUACACGGUGAUCGAGGGCUGCACUUGGCAAGGGCAUGAGAUGGGUUUCCGCGUAGCGACCAAGGAAGCGGGCUGGCUGCACUUUCGAGCCGGCUCCAAAGCCGAGUGGGCCCAUUGGAUUCACGCUCUCCUGAGUCUUCCAAUUAUCAAGGUACGUGCUCUACCAACGACGAGCUCCAACUCGAACUCGACGUCCACGGCCUGUGACGACGACGAGGUUGGAAGUUCGCACUUGGUUUCGUUUGCCGGUACCAUUCGUGUGCGCGAGAUUCCCGCCAUGACCGACGACGAAGCCGACGACCUCUUCUACACCAAUGUCGAGAUUCAAGGUUUUCGCCGCAUGGCAGAAUUGAUGGGGCAGUUUAAAUUCAGGUUAAUUCGAGGUUAAACUUGACAAUAUAUUUACAGCC